AUGUCGGCUCUUCCAUUAGCUUCUAUCGGGGAAUUUUACAUUAAAUCUAGCGCAUCUCCCUCCGGUAAUGCAACUUUGCUUGCCCCUGCCGCUCAAAAUUUAGUCGUUGACGUAGAACACGGUGGUUUCUUUGGAGGCUGGAGUACUGCUAAAGAAGGAACAAAAGCAAUCCUCGCUACUCAAAAAAGCGACAAAGAACACGACACUUAUCAAUUAUGGAAAUACGACGAUGGUUGGAUUAUUCACAAACAAAGCUCUUUAUGUUUAGAAGUUGAAAAUGGUAAAUCUGGUAACCGCCUGUUACUUCAUUCCAGAAAAAGUCCAAAUCAAGCUAUCAAUCAAAGAUGGGUCUUUACCAACGAAGGUCACAUUGCUUUGCAAAAUAAUCCUAAAUUAGUAUUGGAAAUAAAAAGCUCAUCUGCGAAAGAUAAUGCACCAAUUAUUUUGAGCGAUAGUAAAUCAAAAUCUUUCAAACCUGCUUUAUCCAAAUGGGUUGUGAUUCCUACCCAAAAAAUAAGAGUUCAAGGCAAAUCUGAUCCAUAUGUUAGAGUUUUCCAUCAAAGUAAUACCAAAGAGCCUUUGUUAGCAACUCGCGUUAUUGAUAACGAGUUGAAUCCUGUUUGGAAUGAAGUUCAUUAUUUACCUGUAAAUCAUAUCGGAGAAAAAUUCAUCCUUGAAGUAAUGGAUCACAAUACUAUAACUAAACAUGUAGCGCUUGGUCAAGUUAAUUUUGAAAUUACAAGAGAACUUGUUAAAGAAGUUGGUGAAAAUACCUAUGAACCUAAUCCAAAUGGAAUAGAUGUAUGGGUUAGACUCUCAACUCAAGGCCAAAUUCAUUAUAAAGCUAAAUUCUUUUCAUUAGCCGCUCCUCGAAAAUUAUCUCCAGAUUUUCUUGCAAAUCUUAAAGAAAAACCUUUUGAUUCUUCCACACUUUUUAAUGUUAUCACAUUACAAUCAUCGGACGGUAGCUUUUCUAGCUCACCCCUUUUGGCAAACUUAUUUGGUUAUGAAAAAUCAGAAGAACUUAUGACUUUAUUCCGUAAACAUAUCAAAAAUGAAAGAUUAUCGAAAGUUAAAGAGUCUGUUUGUAUAACUAGCAUGGUCAUGUGGUUCUUAAUAUAUUUAUUCAAAGAUCUCCGUAAAGAAUGGAACAGUACUUAUUUACGUGCUGAACAAUACAUCAUUAAAGAAGCAGGCGGUAGUUAUGAAUUGGAAGAACUUAUAGUUUCAACUGGUAAAUGUGCUAUCCGUGAUCGUUUUGACAUUAAAGUAUCAGAGGAAAUAGGCUUCAGACAUAAAAAAAUCACAUUUACUCAAACAGAAAUCACGGUUACUCGUGUACAAAACAUAAUAAAAUAUCAAAACAGCGAUGGUUCAUUUAAAAUUGAUGAUAAUGUUGCAAAAUUACUUGGUUUUGAAUCUAUCGAGAAGCUUACUUUAAUUCUUACACAACACAUAAAGUCACAUUCUUCUAAUAGUUCAACAAUAUCUAAAUUAGAAAUCAAUGUUUGGAUUACUAUCCUUGUAAUUUAUUACUUACGUCUUAUUUGUAUCGAACACAAAAAAACAUGGAUUUCUCAACAUGAAAAAGCUUAUGUUUGGUUAUGGAGCAUAUUUUUAAGCGAAGAAGUUGAAAGUGAAACCUUUUCAACAAUUAAAUCAUUUGUGAAGGAAGUAUACGACAUACAAAGUGAGACCUUGGUAUCAGAUAGUAAAUUCGAGACUGAAUUUGCUACCAAAAAAACCACUAUAAAAUCAUCUAUUAGUAGAAGCUCACAACAUGAGAUUGAAGAACAUCAAAAAAUUACUUCUUCGCCAAAAACUAAAAUAUAUACCCGAAAAACUGUUACUAUCAUUAUUGUACGUCGCUUCCUCGGUUAUCAAACAAGUAGUGGUUGUUAUGAACUUAGUAAUCAAUUAUCUCAAUCACUUGGAUUUUCUUCAAGUGAAGAAGCAAAAACUCAAUUGUUAAAACAUUUCUCCUCAUUUUCUCGAUCUUCCAGACUUGAUGUUAAUAUUUGGAGCACUGCCAUUAUGAUUUGGUAUCUUCGUUAUGUCUUGAUAGAUUUCAGAUAUGAAUGGAUUGAAUAUUACAAUAAAUCUUUGAAAUGGCUAAGUAGUACUGUGAAAGAUAAAGAAACUGAAGAGGAGGUUCUUGAGGCUGCCAGAAUAUUUGUCAAGAAAAGAUUUGAAGUAGAAGAAUCUACAAUACAAGAAGUCAGCAGCAGCAUUUUUGUAAAACAUGAAACUAUCACAGUCGAAACCACAAAAACCAUCACCUCUAAACAAAAUAAAGACGGCUCUUUCCACAUUUCAGAUACACUUUCUGGAAUUCUUGACAUUUCCUCAGAUACAAAAUCUCAAUCAUUCACAUCUACCAUUCAAACUUAUGCUGUCAGCGAGCGUCUCAAGAAAACUACUACACAUUAUACUUGGUGGACAACUGCAAUUACCAUCACUUAUCUAAGGUUACAUGCUUCAACUCAUGAAACAAUCUGGAAAAUUCAUUAUGAAAAUGCCAGAAAAUAUUUAAGUGAACAAAUCAAAGACGCAGAACUUGAAGAAGAACUUUUGAAAACUUGCUUUAAACUUGUUGAAGAAAAAACAACCAAAAAAGUAACCACUGGUACUACUAAAGUUACUGGAGCAACAUCAACCAUCGGAUCAACAAUUAGCAGCAUUUUUGGAAGACAUGAUACUAAAUCAGUUGAAACUACAAAGACCAUCAUCUCUAAACAAACCAAUGAAGGCUCAUUUUGUAUUUCCGACACACUUUCUGAAAUUCUUGACAUUUCCUCAGAUACAAAAUCCCAAUCAUUCACAUCUACCAUUCAAACAUAUGCUGUCAGCGAACGUCUCAAGAAAACUACUACACAUUAUACUUGGUGGACAACUGCAAUUACCAUCAGUUAUCUUAAAAUACAUGCUUCCUCACAUGAAACAACAUGGAAAGUUCAUUAUGAAAAGGCCAGAAAAUAUCUAAGUGAACAAAUCAAAGACGUUGAACUUGAAGAGGAACUUUUGAAAGUAUGUCACAAACUUGUUGAAGAAAAAACAACAAAAAAAGUUACUACAUCAAGCAUUGGAUCAACAUUUAGUGGCUUCUUUGGAAAACAUGAUACUAAAUCAGUUGAAACCACAAAAACCAUCAUCUCUAAACAAACUAGUGAAGGCUCAUUCCAUUUUUCUGACACGCUUUCUGAAAUUCUUGAGAUUUCUUCAGAUACAAAAUCUCAAUCAUUCACCUCUACCAUUCAAACAUAUGCUGUCAGCGAACGUCUCAAGAAAACUACUACACAUUACACCUGGUGGACAACUGCAAUUACUAUCAGUUAUCUAAGGAUACAUGCUUCUUCUCAUGAAACAACUUGGAAAGUUCAAUGUGAAAAGGCCAGAAAGUAUUUAAGUGAACAAAUCAAAGACGUUGAACUCGAAGAGGAACUUUUAAAAACUUGUACUAAAAUUGUUGAAGAAAAAACGACCAAAAAAGUUACCACUACAAGUAGUUCCACUGCAACACAAUCAUAUGAUAAAAAAGGAGAGGGUAUUACUAGUGGAGUAACAUCAGCUAUUGGAUCAACAUUUAGUGGAUUCUUUGGAAAACAUGACACUAAAUCAGUAGAAACCACAAAAACCAUCAUUUCCAAACAAACCAGUGAAGGCUCAUUCCACAUUUCCGACACACUUUCUGAAAUUCUUGAAAUUUCCUCAGAUACAAAAUCUCAAUCAUUCACCUCUACCAUUCAAACAUAUGCUGUCAGCGAACGUCUCAAGAAAACUACUACACAUUACACCUGGUGGACAACUGCAAUUACUAUCAGUUAUCUAAGGAUACAUGCUUCUUCUCAUGAAACAACAUGGAAAGUUCAAUAUGAAAAGGCCAGAAAAUAUCUAAGUGAACAGAUCAAAGACGUUGAACUUGAAGAAGAACUUUUAAAAACUUGUACUAAAAUUGUUGAAGAAAAAACGACCAAAAAAGUUACCACUACAAGUAGCUCCACUGCAACACAAUCAUGUGAUACAAAAGGAGAGAAGAAACACGAAGAAGAACAUGAAAGUAUUAUUGGUGGAGUAACAUCAUCAAUUGGAUCAACAUUUAGUGGCUUCUUUGGAAAACAUGAUACUAAAUCAGUUGAAACCACAAAAACCAUCAUCUCUAAACAAACCAGUGAAGGCUCAUUCCACAUUUCCGACACACUUUCUGAAAUUCUUGAGAUUUCCUCAGAUACAAAAUCUCAAUCAUUUACAUCUACUAUUCAAACAUACGCUGUUAGUGAACGUCUCAAGAAAACCACCACACAUUAUACUUGGUGGACAACUGCAAUUACCAUCAGUUAUCUUAAAUUGCAUGCUUCUUCUCAUGAAACAACAUGGAAAGUUCAAUAUGAAAAGGCCAGAAAAUAUCUAAGUGAACAGAUCAAAGACGUUGAACUCGAAGAGGAACUUUUAAAAACUUGUACUAAAAUUGUUGAAGAAAAAACAACCAAAAAAGUUACCACUACAAGUAGUUCCACUGCAACACAAUCAUAUGAUAAAAAAGGAGAGAAGAAACAUGAAGAAGAGGGUAUUGUUAGUGGAGUAGCAUCAUCAAUUGGAUCAACAUUUAGUGGCUUCUUUGGAAAACAUGACACUAAAUCAGUCGAAACCACAAAAACCAUCAUCUCCAAACAAACCAGUGAAGGCUCAUUCCAUAUUUCCGACACACUUUCUGAAAUUCUUGAAAUUUCUUCAGAUACAAAAUCUCAAUCAUUCACCUCUACUAUUCAAACAUAUGCUGUCAGCGAACGUCUCAAGAAAACUACUACACAUUACACCUGGUGGACAACUGCAAUUACUAUCAGUUAUCUAAGGAUACAUGCUUCUUCUCAUGAAACAACAUGGAAAGUUCAAUAUGAAAAGGCCAGAAAAUAUCUAAGUGAACAGAUCAAAGACGUUGAACUUGAAGAAGAACUUUUAAAAACUUGUACUAAAAUUGUUGAAGAAAAAACGACCAAAAAAGUUACCGCUACAAGUAGUUCCACUGCAACACAAUCAUAUGAUAAAAAAGGAGAGGGUAUUACUAGUGGAGUAACAUCAACUAUCGGAUCAACAUUUAGUGGAUUCUUUGGAAAACAUGAUACUAAAUCAGUAGAAACCACAAAAACUGUAAUUUCCAAACAAACUAGUGAAGGCUCAUUCCAUAUUUCCGACACACUUUCUGAAAUUCUUGACAUUUCCUCAGAUACAAAAUCUCAAUCAUUCACAUCUACCAUUCAAACAUAUGCUGUCAGCGAACGUCUCAAGAAAACUACUACACAUUACACCUGGUGGACAACUGCAAUAACCAUUAGUUAUCUUAAAAUACAUGCUUCCUCUCAUGAAACAACAUGGAAA